AUGAACCAUCUGGGACUUAAGAUAACGGACCCGGCGUUCGAUUUGACAAACUUUCCCGAAGUGCCUUCUGAAGAGCGCCUGUUAGAAGAGGAAAGCAUUACAGACAUUCAACUCGAAGUCGACAAGAAGUCCAGACACACCCUAGAUCUUGAAGAAGAAACUGAGGAGGCCAUGGAGGAAUCACCUGAAUCUGAUGAGCCCGAUCUCAAGUCUAAGGGCAGUAUGGCGUACAAGUUUAGUGGCCCGACUCGAAGCCUCCCGAACCUUGGCAUGACGACCCGAUCCAAAUCCCGUUCUAGUCGAGCAGCCUCGUCGCAAGCAGACGCUCUGGAGGCUGAUAGCUCCAGCCCCCCGGAGACGGACCUCGAGCAGCCUGAGAGCGCUGACGGCCUAGCCGGUGACCCGAUGGAGCUGGAGGACGUCCCGGAUCAGUCCAUUUCCUCAGGAAGUGUCCGCCGACAACAGCCCAGUAGGGCUGGUUCCAAGAGGCACAGGACAAGUCCCGCAGAUCGGGAGCCUCGUCAGCACUCCCAGGACAUUUCUAAUACCGCUGGAAGCACGGACAGCAAACGUGCUCGAGGUAACCCAGAGGUUGAAGAUCACACGUCCAAGCGCAGAAUUGAACGUCGGCGGGGGCGCGGCGGACGUUGA